AUGAAUGAACUCCUUACCAGGAAGCUCGUUGGAGCCAGAUACUAUAACGGAGCAAAAGUCUCGACGGGUCCAUACAAGAACUCGAGAGACUCGGUUGGACAUGGAACUCAUACGUCGUCGACAGCUGCUGGGAGCCUGGUUCCGCACGCGAGUAAGAGAGGACUCGCUCCUGGCACGGCCCGAGGAGGAGCUCCAAAUGCUCGGAUCGCCAUGUACAAAGUCUGCUGGACGGAUAGCUGCGAGGAGGUUGACAUCGCUGCGGGUUUCGACGAUGCCAUCAACGACGGCGUGGAUGUCCUGUCCAUCUCACUCGGAGGCUAUCCCGCAGUUUACAGCGUAGACGUCAUUGCGAUUGGUGCCUAUCACGCCGUCGAAAGAGGGAUCAUGGUCUCUUGCGCUGGUGGAAACUCUGGACCAUUUACUGGAUCGGUGUCCAACGGUGCUCCCUGGAUCUUCACAGUUGGUGCCAGUACAAUCGACAGGGAGAUCAACGAGGAUGCUAAAAUAGCAGCCAAAGGAACAACGAUUCCUUACAAGCCAGCACCUGUCGUAGCAGAGUUUUCGUCAAGAGGUCCACACACAAUCAGUCCGGAUAUCAUCAAGGUACUCGAAAGACAUACCAUGAAGCUUGUGACUUAUCUCGCGUUGCAGCCGGACGUUACCGCUCCAGGAGUCGAGAUCUUAGCAGCUUGGCCAAGCAAUAUCCCCGACACUGACAAUGGAAAGGAAGUGUUCGUGGAGUACACUUUUCUGUCUGGAACUUCCAUGGCGUGCCCUCACGUCAGUGGCACCAUCGCUUACUUGAAAUCCAUUCACCCAACAUGGAGUCCUGCGGCGAUCAAAUCAGCAGUCAUGACCACAGCAAAAGCAGUCGAUCCAGGACUAGUCUAUGACACUGAUCCUCUCGACUAUAUCACCUAUCUCUGUAACUCGGGCUAUACCUCCAAGCAAAUCCAAAACAUCACAGGCGACAGUAGCAGCAAAUGCCCCAAGAACGACACCUCUUUCAGCCUCAACUAUCCCUCCAUCGCAGUCCUCUUGGAUGGAUCCAGCAAGACGGUGGAGAGGACAGUGACCAAUGUGGGAAAUCCCAGCGCGACCUACACCGCUUCCGUGGGAAGCGCCAAAGGAAUCUCGAUCUCGGUCACUCCCACCAAGCUGAGCUUCACAAGCGCCGGACAGAAGCUGAGCUACAGCGUCACCGUCUCCGCCAAGGGAUCCAUAGCGGCGGAUCCCCAAGCGCCGAAAUGGAGCUUCUCGGAUCUCACCUGGGAAGAUGGAGUGCACGUUGUGCGCAGCCCGAUCGCCGCUCACACUUCUGAGAAUUUGUCUUCCAGCAUUAGCAAUGCUCACUUGUCCAUCAUCUUCAGCUAUAAGUAUGCCUUCAGUGGGUUCUCGGCAUACCUGACUGAAGAAGAGGCCAAAACAAUCUCCAGUCAUUGCUUAACAGACCACUGUGUAGGAAUGCCUGAGGUCCUCAACAUCUAUCCCAGCAAAACGCUCCAUUCACUGACAACACACUCAUGGGAUUUCCUCGGCCUGGCCAUGCCUGCCAAAAGCAGUCACACUGGAUCUCCAAGUACUGACGUGAUCAUCAGGCUUCUGGACACAGGUAACUUACAAAACUCGCUUGGAAAAGCUCAAUGUGUUUACUUGCUCUGUGCGUAA